GUGUACAGUGAGAAAAAGUACAAGGAACAGUAUGAGAAGAUGAAGCACAAGUAUACUGCCAUCCAUGACACACCAAUCCUGGUUCGUUCCAAGAAAGCCUACCUCAAUGCCAGCGAUUUGCGCUACAAGGAGACCUUUGAGCUAUCUAAGGGGCACUACCACGCUGACAAGGAUGCCCUGGAUAUUCUCUGUGCCAAAAGGGUCAGAGAUGACAUCAGUGAGGUCAAAUACAGGGAGAAGUACAUCAGCACUUUGGGCACCUGGAAGUCUAUCCCUGACCGCCCUGAGUUCUUCCACAGCAAGAUUGUGAGGGACUUCAUCAGUGACAUCAAAUACAAAGAGGAUCUGGACUGGAUCAAGGGCAUUGGAUGCUACGUGUGGGACACACCUGAGAUGGUGCAUGCUGAACACAACAAGGCCCUCUACAGCGAAAGACUCUACAAAGCAUCUUAUGAGAAGAACAGAGCCAACUUCAAAUACACAUGUGACACACCAUUCUUUGAGGCUGCCAAGAAC